UGUUGUUUUCUCUCCUUAUCUGGUGACGGUGAAGCGCUGCUGCUAUAAUACCCAGUCCGAUUCUUGGCGAGGCCGCGACUUAAUCCAGUUAGCUGGGUACAAUUUGGGAGAUUUAAAUCAUCUCGAUCCGCAACGAUGCUGAGUACGGUUGGACGGCAACUUAGAAACCACCCCGCGCUGAUCCCCCUCUUUAUCUUCAUUGGAGGUGGGUGCACAAUGUCAUUAACUUACCUGGCGAGAUUGGGCCUCCGUAACCCUGAUGUCUGCUGGGACAAAACGAACAACCCCGAGCCCUGGAACAAACUGGGGCCCAACGAUCAGUACAAGUUCUUUGCAGUGAACAUGGACUACAGCAAACUGAAGAAGGACAGGCCCGACUUCUAAAGCGGCAUCAUCCAGUGACGCCUCCUGCAACACUGCUGGACCAAAGGCUUGAGGAAAAACAAAGACAAACUAAAGAAGCAACCCGCACAUUGUUCUCCAGUGUCCCUUCCCCCAGCCCAACAUAAGCAAAGAGGCUAAACCGCACAAUUUUGUCUCUGCUCAAUUGUUGAGUCCCACUUUUUUAAUCUAUUUGGGCUACAACUUCUUCUUUUUUCUCAUUGUUUAUGGUUGUCUACAGCGACAUAAUAAAGGAGGCUUAUCUCCCUUGUACAGAGAAAA